AUGUCUCGAUCCCGCCAUGCAAAGCCUUCCAAAGCAGUCAGGACAGGUCUACAGAAGAAGAAAAUGACAUUAAAGCAGGGUGUCAAACAUGGGGAGUCAGGGAAGCUGAACCCUGGAAAGCUGAACCAAGUAACUCAAAGAGAUGGUAAGAAAGAACCAGAAGACAAAAGCCCCACACCACCCAGAAGCCUUCUGACCAGAGCUGGGGCAGCCAGAAUGAAUCAGGAUAGGACCCAAGUUGAGAGUCCAGAGUCCUUAGCUGCCAGUGGUUUUACAAUGUCUCUACGAAGAAGCUCUCUGAUCAGGCGACUCUCCCAGAGCUCAGUCGUUACACCCAGACCGAAGAAAGUGUCACCCGCUAAGAGUGUUUCGAAGCAGCAGUGUCCUCGCGAGACCCAGGAUGACGAGACCCAGGAUGACGUGGUGGCAGAGCACUCGGAAAAUGAUUGCAUCCCCAGCCAAGACCCCACCACGUCCCCAGAUCCGGAGAACUUAAUUGGUGAAGAGAGCUUGUGUUUAGUUGAAAGUGAGAUCCAAGAGAUAACCCAGUCUUGGCCUCAAACAAUAGAAGGUUCCCAAAGCUGUCCUGCAACAGAUAUUCCUUCUGGGCCACUGGAAGGGACACACUGUGAAGGACUACUCGCUCUUCAGACAUCAGAUGUCAGCACGUCCCCUCAGGAGUGUGCGCCUUUGUCCCAAAGAUCAACGCCCGAAGUCACCUCUCAGAAAAACACUAGCAAUCAGUUUGAAGACUUGGGGUCACAAGUAAACUCUCUUAAGCUAUCAGAUCCUCCCCUGAAUCCUGUGGGAAAUGAAUCUAAUUGCUUUCCCACCUCCAGUUUUAAGAUUCUACCUGAAUUGGACCUUAAAAACUGCAUGUCUCUUGAUGGGUCUGUGUAUCCCACAGCUCUGAUAAGAUUCCUCUUGGCAGGCUCACAGCCUGAUACACUUGAUACACUUGGUGCUAAACCCCAAGAAGGAACCCUCAAAACUAACCCAGAUCAAGGUGGUUGCUACCCAGAUCAAUUUCUGGAUGCCAUUUCUGUCCUAGGACAGGCUUUUAGUGCUCUCCCACGUCAGUGGGUAUUUCCUGGUGCUAACUUAGUUCCUGGUGAGGCCCUGGGCAAGGUUUCAGGCCUACCAGAGGAUCUUGGUGCUAUAACUAUGCUAACCCAACAAGGAACUAUGAAUGUGAAUAUGGCUGCUCCCCCAGAUCUGCCUGUCUUCCUUCCAAACCCUAUAGUCCCAUUGGCUACCUACAGUACUCCUCCUGGGCCCGAGCCCCACAGCUAUGCCUCCUGUGGGCUUGAGGUCCAAGGUGCUAUCCCUUUAACUUUGGACUCAGGGCAUGUUCCAGCAAACUCCGAGAUAAGUUCAAUACCUCCAGCAAUAGCUGCAACCAGUGUACAAGAUGAGAAGCAGUUUUGUGCAAACCCUUCUCCACCGAACACGCAAGGGUUUACCAUUGACCCUGAGAGUGGACUCCAGCAUGCUCCCCUGGAUCUUACCCAGGACCCUCAGGCUACCUCCAGCAAAGUGGAAGGGGGGAUUUCUCAGGUCAACACGGCCAGCUCCACUGAUGGUAAAGCUACUGGGAUGUCUAUGCCAGUGUCACAGGCCAGUACCUCUUCACAAAAACUGACACCGCCAAUGGUGGAGAGGAAGAAACGCAAGCCGUGUGGGGUCUGUGAGCCCUGCCAACAGAAGACCAACUGCGGUGAAUGUACCUACUGCAUGAACAGAAAGAACAGCCACCAGAUCUGCAAGAAGAGGAAAUGUGAGGUGCUCAAAAAGAAGCCGGAUUCCACUUCUUUGGUACAGGUUACAAAAGAGAACAAGAGGCCCCAGAGGGAAAAGAAGCCCAAAGUUUUAAAGAGAGACAAUAACAACAAACCAGUAAAUGGCCCCAAAUCAGAGUCCAUGGAAGACAGUCAAUCUGGCCAUGGGGAAGAGCAGAGAUUGGAUUUGAAUUCACAACCCCUUGAAAAUGUAGGGAAGAAUGCAGAGAGCAUGACAGGAAUCGAGGUGGAGAAUUGGACACCAAACAAGAAAUCAAGCCCAGCGAGUCAAGUCAAGGGAGACCUCGAUACAAAUUUAACUGAGGUUGGAAAGCCCCAGCCCUCUGAAGAUGACAAGCAACAAAGCCAGCCUUCCCCGAUGUUUCCUCCGGCCAUAAGAAACGGCAUGAAAAAUGUGUACUGUUUAUCUACAGACACAAGCCUUCCAAUCAACAAAUUGGAUCUUGAAGAAAUUAGCAAGGUGCUAGGAAAUAGUUCCUCUAAAUUGCUGCCUGGCCCCUCCAAUGGCAAUGAUGCCAUGAACUCUGUCGCUUCCGAUAGGAGCUGCGAUCAUCUCAAGGGGUCGAGCGACACUUUGCUCUUCCAGAAGCCUGGCUUGAACUGCCAAUCUGCUGCAGACUCCACCAUCCCUUAUCAUCCUAAGACACACAGCUCUGGCUGUCAACCCCAAAGCCCCAAGAAGAUACCUAGUAAAGACCCUAAAGAUGACUCUCCAGUUCAGCCAAGUCUUCUAUCACUAAUGAAAGACAGGAGACUCACCCUGGAACAAGUGGUCGCCAUUGAAGCCCUUACGCAGCUUUCAGAAGCUCCAUCCGAGAAUUCCUCGCCAUCAAAACCAGAGAAGGGUGAACAAACAGAUCAGAGGACAGCUAGUCUGCUUGACAAUUGCAAGGCUAUCCUUAAUUCUGUGAGAAAAGACCUCCAAGACACAAACAUAAAGUGUCGUCAGCAUCAGAACAUAGAGUUCAAGUUGCCAGAUAGUUCAGCUACUAACCAAACACUUGAAGAUUCGGAUUCACUUACAGCUGGAGACGAAUCUACCCUUGAUAGUUCUAAGAAUUCAUAUCUAUUGCCAGUAGAAAGUCAUAAUCCAGAAGACUGCAGUCAGGCACUAAACGGCGACCAAAAGUUGAAUUCCCAGCAUGAGCCACCAUGCCAGGAUGUGCCCUACAGUCAAAUUGAAGAAGAUGUUGCAGCCCAAUUAACCCAGCUUGCAUGCACAAUUAAUUACAAUCACAUAAACCCAGACGUCAAGAAUGCUGGAAGUACACCAGGGAGCCUUGCUGCAAAGAAUACACAGCAGAAACCUAGUCAGGAGAAAGGCAUGGCACAAGAGAAACCAGCGUCGAGUAUACAAAACAAACCUAGUGUGCUAUCAGCAAAGCCAAAGAACAAGACCCAGAAGAAAGCAAAACAGACCCCCAAAACAGACAAGCGGAAAAAGGAACCUCCACUCCCUAGCUCUCAAGAAAACGAUCAGAAGCAAGAGCAACUUGCAACUCAGUAUAGUAAGAUGCAUGACAUUUGGAUAUCAUCCAAAUUUCAAAGAUUUGGCCAGUCUGGUCCACACAGUGUUCCUAACAUGUUUGGAAACCCUGCUAUCUUUUCCCAGAAAUUAAAACCAAUAGCUCAGAAUAACAUACCCUUACAACCCCAUAUGACAUUUCUUCCUCUCCGUCAGAUAAAAUUCACAAGACAAUCUGAACUGGCAAAGGAGAAUGUUAAAGUCGAGCCACCAGAUGCUCUACCAACAUGCCAAAUCAAGACAGAAUCCAGCGGGCAGGCAAUUGCAGAGCCGGUAGAUAAUUCUCAGGUACAGCCCUCAGUGAAUAGCAGUGAGAAAGCUCACCCUCUGCCUCAGCCCUCCCCUCAGUCCAACCAGUGUGCUAACAUGAUGCCUGGUGCUGCCCAAACCCAGUUACAACUAGGCGCUCAAGAGAACCUGGUGCAUCCGAUACCACCGACGUUGCCUGGUACCUGUCCUGAGACACCCUUGCCAGACCCAGCAUCCAUCCUCAGGAAAGGGAACAUGUCAGGUUCCAACGGAAUGGCAGGCAUGAAUGUGAAGCCGGAAGCACAAGCACCAAGCCAUGGACCACGGAGUGACUCUGCCACACAUAGUGUCCAGAUGGAGUUUUUUGAGCACAUCAAGAAAUACCUUAGAGACCCUGCAAAAUUCUUGCAACCCGAAGCGAAUGAGACAGAAGAGCCAACCUGUGACUGUAAUGAUGGAGGUACACAAAAAGACAAAGGCCCAUAUUAUACACACCUGGGGGCAGGACCAAGUGUUGCUGCUGUCAGGGAGCUCAUGGAGACUAGGUAUGGCCAUAAAGGAAAGGCAGUACGAAUUGAGAAGGUAGAGUACACGGGGAAAGAAGGCAAGAGCUCGCAGGGCUGCCCAGUCGCCAAGUGUAUACUUAGAAGAUCCGGUUCUGAAGAGAAGAUUCUUUGUUUGGCCCGGGUGCGACCUGGUCACUUCUGCGCGACGACUGUGAUGGUCGUGGUUAUCAUGAUCUGGGAAGCCAUCCCUCGCCCCAUGGCCGACUAUCUGUAUGAUGAGCUCACAGUGAACUUGAGGUCCUACAGCGGGCAUCCCACUGACCGCAGAUGUACCCUCAACGAAAAUCGCACCUGCACCUGCCAAGGCCUCAAUCCAAAGACAUGUGGCGCCUCUUUCUCCUUUGGCUGUUCAUGGAGCAUGUUUUUGAACGGCUGUAAGUUUGGGAGAAGCCCAAACCCCAGAAAGUUCAGACUUGCUCCAAACUAUCCAUUAAACAGCUACUAUAGGAGAAUUACUGGAUCACGACGUUUUAGCAGAAGAAGACGCAUGAGACCCGUAAAACCCAGACAGAUGUUUCCAGAACACAGGGCUCAGGAAAAGAAACUUGAAGAGCUUUUUCAGAAGUUGGCUGAUGAUUUAGCUCCCAUUUACAAGCAGAUGGCUCCUGUGGCCUAUCAAAAUCAGGUGAAAUAUGAAGAUGUGGCUGGAGACUGUCGACUUGGCACUAAGAAAGGCCGUCCUUUCUCUGGCGUCACCUGUUGCUUGGAUUUCUGUGCCCAUUCUCACAGGGACAUUCACAACAUGAUUAAUGGAAGCACUGUGGUUUGUACUUUGCUUCGUAAAGAUGUCCGCGACAAGAAUAAUCCUGAGGACGAACAGCUCCACGUCCUCCCAUUACACCGGCUUGCCGACACCGAUGAAUAUGGCUCCCGAGAGGGAAUGGAAGAAAAGAUCCGCUCUGGGGCCAUUGAGAUCGUUCAGCCAUCCAGGAAGAAGCAGCUCCGUUUCAAUGAGCCUAUUCCUCGGUGUGGGAAGAGGAGGACCACUAUGAUGGAGCAGAACAAGAAACCAGCUCCCACUGCACUGAAAAGGAAGAGGAGCUCCUCCAGUUCAGACAACACUAAAAGCUUCUCACCAGCCUCAUCUACUCAUCACCCGGUGAAUGAAGAAGCAGGUACCUGUACGUACAAUAACACAGCCUCAGGCGGGUUUCCAGAAACAAGUAGAGGUGUCCCCUGUACAAUGCCCUCUGGUGCUAAUGUAGCUGCUGGUGCUGGAACUGAACAGCCUGGUGAAGCAGCUGCUCUUCCUCAACCCUCUCUCCCCAUAGCAGACACCCCUCUCUCUAGCCCAUCCGAGCAGCUACCAUUCCUCAACUGUGCUCAUGAACUGGGUUCCUGUCAGGUGGAAGACGGGCAGCACUCUGAAGCAGAGGAGCCUCUCUCAGAUGGAGCCCUCUCAGAUGACCAGUCCUCUGAGGAUGACGAGCCUGAGAUUCAGGAGUAUUGGUCAGACAAUGAGUUGAUCUUCCUUAAUCCUAGCUUUGGCGGAGUGGCCAUAGCACCCAUUCAUGGUUCAGUGAUGAUUGAAUGUGCCCGGAGAGAGCUUCAUGCCACCACCCCUGUGGAAAAUGCCAACCGAAAUGACCCCCUACGGAUGUCCCUGGUAUUCUACCAGCACAAAGGCCUGAUUCUCCCCUGUCAUGGUUUUUAUUUCAACAGGAUUAAGUUUGAGUCUAAAAUUUUUAAGAAAAAGGCUGUAGAACGGAAGGGUCCUGAUAAAUCAUCAUUUGUAGCCAAUUUACUGUGCAAUAUUCCUUCUCGUAUUGCACCAACCUUAACCCGUGACAAUGUUGUCACUGUGUCCCCUUACGCGCUCACUCAUGUUGCAGGACCCUACAACCAUUGGAUCUGAAGGCUUUUUUCCCAUAAUGCCUUUGCUAGUGCAGUGUAGUUCCUACGGUGCUGUUCAAAAGAAAGUCACGUUGUUGUUUACUUACUUACUGGAUCUUCAUUUCACCCAUUUCAACUCCGAGGUCAAAUUUAUGAAGUGGGUGGGUACUUAACUGUGACUAUUUUGAUUGAGAAUUGGUGGAAGGUAUACAUUCUCAGCAAAGAUACUGGUUUUAUAUCUUGGUUAGGCGUUGACCAUGACAGAAUCAUAGUUUGGUGCUCAAAUUAAGUUUCUUUACUACAAAGAGGAUUUUAACAGGUUCCUACAAUAAGAUGUAAAAACCAAGACACACAGUGUUCGCUCUAUAGUUCCUGGUGCUUAACCACAUAACAUGUAGUAAUGAGCUGAAUGAUUGUUUCAUGGUGCCAUCCUUCCAGCAUCUUCCGAUCAUUGCUAUAUGUCUGCACAUUUGAAAUAAACCAAUGAAAUGCUUUCUCUUACAAUAUCUCUCCUGUAUAAAAUAGUUCUUUAUUCUAGUGAUGAUUGGAGGCUAUUCGUUAACUGUAAAUAUAUAUAUAUAUAUAUUUUUAAAAGCACUUUCUAUUUUUAAAAGUAACUUGAAAUAGCAUAGUAGCAGAACCCUAUUGUCUAUUAUGUAUGCGUAUUUGCAUAGCAGAAGUCAUUUACUGUGUAGAGUUUCAUCCUGUUAACUGCAGCCUGCAUUUAAAUCUGUUCUCUACUCAUGAAAUCCAAAAAAAUUGAAAAUACAAAUUGCCACCAAUAUCAUUUUCCCCCUUUUAACUAGAAAAGUAUUGUCUUUAGUGUCCUCAUGAUUGAUGUUUUCAUCGUGACACACGUUUUCAAUGGUAGAAGGGGACAAAUCGGGAUCAAUCAAAUCCUCCCAGUGUUUCCACAUGAGAAUAGUCAAGUAACUUUUCCCUCCCAAAUGAGAAAAUAUCCUUUAGAAAUAAUUGAGGGGGAAAAUUCUAUUACCACUAUUGCUUCUGGCCCAGAGUCACAUAAAAAAAAAUUAUGCUGUAAGGCAAUUAAGAGCCUAUUCAUUAAUCUUAACCUUUUGGGUUUAGGUUAUUGACAAUUUAAUUGGCAAUUCAAACUUCUUUGGUAAUCCCCAUUUUGAAGGUCACAGGUAAAGCUGGCAUUCUGAUUACUUUUGCGUUCCAAGGUUCCUCCCAUAUAUAUACCAAGAAAGACACCCUAAACAAAACCUAGAACCAAAAGAAAUUCAAAUGCACAGGUGCUAUGACAUUCAAAGAAUUGGAUUUUCCAGAAGUCCAGGAACCCUAAUGGUGCUUCUCAGAUGCCAUACGAAGUCCACGACUAUCAUCAUAAUCUCGGUGCGAAUGCAAACAGUUCCAGCAAAGCUCUCUAGAGAAUAACUUAUUAAAAUAAUAUAUGGUGUGAAGUUUCUGACUAAGGGAAUUGAAGAGGUCGGGAUUGUAAAUAAAGUGCCCAUCAACAUUCCAUUUGCAAAUAGAUGUGUGAAUACAUGCAGUAGGGUAUAUACAGUAUAUACAGUAGGGUAAUUUGUUGACCUGAUUAUUUUGUGUGCCUUAGAUUUCUGUUUAAGAACAAGUCUAUUUUCAAAGCCUAGGGUUUCUUACAUGUGUAAGUAUGUAACUGAUUCUUUGUUGCUUCAGGUGCGUCAGUAUUGUUGUUAGUGUGUGCUAUCAGGAAAGCUCCCUUUGAAGUUACCUUUGAGGUUUUAGGCCUUAGCUCCCACUAGAAAUUGUUUUCUUGCCAUGCCGUGCAUUUAUUCAUCCAUUCAUCCUCAAAUGCACAUUUAAUUUAAUCUUUACAUUUAAUUGAUCCAUUUGAUUUUGUUUUUCCUUGAAUUACCACCUAGGACACAAUCUAAAAGGCGGUGGUGGAGCACACCUUUAAUCCCAGCAGAGGCUGGUGGCUCUCAGUGAGUUCUGGACAGCCAGAACGAAAAAUCUAAACAAAAUAGUAAUGAUUUCCAACUUGAACCUGCUCUGUAAACCACACUGCCCUGGGACUCACAUAUCCAUUUGUUUUUGCCUGUUGAGUGCUGGCAAUUAAAGGUAUACACCACCAUGCCUGGCUCAACAAUGGUCUUAUGAAAAAGCAAAGGAAAUUUCUUUGAGAUGACCUAACACUCUUCCUGAGAAGAUUGGUUUCAUUGUUACAUGACCUCCACAGUAACUCAGCUGAUGCUCUGAGGACUUUCCUGGUGGACCAGGCUAGCCUACAAUUCACAGAAAUCUGCCUGCCCCUGCCUCUGCUGAGAUUAAAGCUGUAUUCCACCCCUCAACAAGCUGUUUUUCCUUCUUGUGCUUGGCAGCCUCAUAUCUACCAUAUAUAUGUACCUGGUACCAAAUGAACCACGUCAUUAGCUUCAUGGAAAUAUAUUGUUGGGACAUGAGGCUACAGGGGUAAACUUUUGCAGCAUGUUAGCAGAACUGCAGGCCAGUCACCAAUCACUCAGCUGAAUGAUAUCCUCGAGUAGCUGACUUGAUUAACAGGAAGUCAACUACUUUCUAGUACUUUUACUCCUGAUCAACAUUCCACAGUAGUAUGUACACAGCUAACACGUUGAGAGACUUCUAUGUAGGAUAAAGCUGUGACAUCACUGACGUCUUCCAUCAAUCGUGGGCACAUUUAGCGGGAAUGCGCCAACUGAGGAGGUGGAUGCAGUCUUUAACAAAGUUGCCUUUAGUUACACCACUCAGUGUAUAGUGAUGUCGUGAUCUCACUGCAGUAGAAGUCACAAAGCUCAGGCCGUGCGCCCACAGAACAGGUGGUACCUAUCAGCGUGGAAUCGCGUGAAGGCCACUCUGUUCUUAGAACUACACAAGUUUUCUCGCCCCGGGAGUACAGUCUCACGGAGAACUAUCCUUAUUUUUCCACAAGUCAAAAAUAAAACAGCUUUCUGGCCUCCAGGGAGGCUCAGAAAAAGAAAAGUAAUGGUAAAAUUAGGUCAAGGUUCCCUUGACUAUCAAUGAAAACCAGCCUAUUAACUCUUACCUAUAAACAAGGCCGUCCUUGUCUUUGCCAUUCUCUCUGGAACCUAGUGUUCAGAGUACUUGAGGACUGAGUGGAAAUACGCGGAGGAAAGCGUAUUUUCAGUGUAUAUACUCCCUGGUUGCUCAAUUCCUUCCUGCCCCUGCCUAGUUAAAUGCCGGCAGCUACUUGUGAUGUGGCCAUCUUUAUAAGUGGGGAUGCUGGUUUAUUGUGCAUAGCACUCCCAAGCUUGCUGUGCUUUGUUUUUCUCCGAUGUGGCAUAUUUAGCCCUGUGGUAUAGUUAUUGCUUGGUUGUUUAAGACCUCUAGAUUUUUCCAAGUGAAGCAGGUGUUCUCAUAGCAUGAGAAAAUAUAUAGUGCCAAUCCUGUUGUCAGGAAGGCCAUUCAGACAGUGAGUCCUCCCACACAACCUGAUUCCGUGUGUGCCUGAGCAUGCUUUUCUUUUACCUGUGUACUAGAAAUGGGCUUCUGUAUUCAGUUGUGGAGCUGGACAUUUAGAUUCUUGUGGGUCUUGUGUAGUCAGUCCUGAACUAUGGCUGAGAAUGUUGAAUUUCCUCUUUUGAAACUGGGUUGCACUAUGCAGCCCUGGCUUGCCCGGAGCUUGGGGAGACAUAGACCAAGCUGGCCUUGUAUGUAUGACAGAGGUUCCCCCUGCUUCUGCCUACACCAAGGCUUGGCAUGUGCUCAGAAAACAUUCUUAUCCACCUUCCCAUCCUAGACUUUGUUUUUUUGUUUCUUGUAGUGCUUUUUCUGAAAUUCCUAAUUUAGAUAUCUUUCUUACUUGUUAGGGUAUAGACACAGGGCACCCUGCCCAGAUAACCUUUUAUUGGCCCCAGUUCUUUCCCCAGAUAACCAAGACGCUCAGAAUGUGUUAUUCACAAUAUCAAUUUAACCCUUAGGCCCCAUUGUGUUCAAAAUUAUCUUGUGACUUUAUGAAAAGCCUCUACUGAAUUAAUUUUCCUUAUUCCUUUUGCACCUUCUGAUUUCUCCUUGUGAUUAAAAAUCUGCUCUUGUGUAUCCUGGCUCCAUCUCCCAGAUCAUCCCUUAUGCAAAUGCAUCUGGUUCAUUUAAGUUGCCAUUGUUUGGAUUCCUCACUCCUGCCUUCCUUUUUGAGACACCAACUCCUGUAGUCCAGGCUGUCACAAAGUCCAAUCCCAAUUGACCAUGCUGGAAUGGGCACCAUUCCCCAAGACUGCAGGAAGCAUCAAGAGUGCAGUUAGGAGUAAAGACAAUUUAAACCAUGCUCAUUCUUUUAUGUGGCUUUUCCAAUACCAUCUGCUAUGUUACAAAUCAGCCAGGCCAUUUUAGUCAAUCUUUUGUUUCCUAAGCUAGAUUUAUUUCUGAAAUUCUUCAACUGCAAAGGGUAAUGAUAACCCUGGUAUCUAUACACAAACCCCCAGUUCAGACCUUACAGCCCCAAGGCACUACACAUGAUCUAGGUUCCAGAAUAAGCUCUGGUGCUUUUCUUUUUAGCACGCCCAGCUUGAAACCAAGAAGUACCUGUAGCAUUUCUUAUCUGUGCUCUUCAAGUAGACACCAAAAUCUAGGUGAUAUUUUGAAAGCAAAUAUGAUCUUAACAAAAUAAGAAUUUCUCCCUUGGUAUGGUCCACACACUUGUAACACCAGCUCAUGGGGAGACUUUAGUAGGAUUUGGUAGAUUUUAGUAUGAUUUAAUAGUAGGAUUUUAGAUUUAAGACCAGCCUCAACUAUAUGAGAUCCUGUCUUAAUAACUUUUGAUCCCCAAUAUUGAUACCAAACACAGCUCUCUUACACAUGACCGCGAGUGGCAAGAAUGGCUAGUAGCUUACUCCAUGCCACCGAGCAAGUCUACGAAUAUAAAUAAUGUGAUUUUGGGUGCUUUGCUUCUGUGUGUGUCAUAUUGCAGUGCCCAUAGAAGCCAGUAUGGUCCCCUGGAACUGUAGUUCAGCUGUUGUGAGCUGCCAUCAAGGUGCUGUAAAUCUAACCAAGAUCCUCCGGAAAAGUAACAAGUGCUCUUAAUCAGUGAGCCACCCACAAAUUCAGAGUGCUACAUGUAAAUAUACAGGAAAAACUGAAUUCGGGUUUUACUGAAUAGAGCUAAUAGAAAAAUAUAUAAAUUAUUUAUAAAACAUGUUUCUUAGCAGUUUUGUUUCUGUUUGUUUACCUAGCUAUAUUCAAGUUCUCAUUUAUGCAUUAAAGAUUAGGUUUGUGGUUUAUAAUUUAUUGUGUGUAGAGCAGGUUCUCAAUAUAGCUCUAACUGACCUGGAAAAUUCAAUAUAGUCCAGGGCCAAGUUCUAUGAUCCCUAGGUGCAGGGAUUGCAUGUGUGAAACACCCUAUUCAGUGAUCAGAAGCAUAGAGAAUAACCCUUUACUAUUCAUAGGAAGACAAAAUAAAUUUUUCACCAAGUAAUUUUUAAAAUAGGACUUUUAAAGCCCCUCACAAUCAAAGUUUAAUAUAUUUGUUUAAAUAUAUUGAGAUGAAGGUUUCUUGAAGGCGAUGGUGUUACCUGAAUAACUUUAGUUCCUAGCCCUUUAUUAUAAAUACGCAAAAUUGUCUCUAACAGGUUGUAUUGUCUCUAGAUUGUAUGAUUUGUCUUGUUGGGUUGGGUUUGUGUGUGUGUGUGUUCCAUCUGCUUCGCUUGUAGCCAUAUAAAUCUUUGGAGCAAAUAUACAUUUACCUAGAGAGUUGGGAAGGGUGAGAUGUAUUUGUAAAGUUUCUAGUGAUUUCCUUAAUAGGUUAUUUUACCGACCUCUCUAUAUGGAAGUAGUAUAUUUUGACUGGUGAUUACAUUUUUUGGCACAGAGGGAGAGGAGGAGGGCAAAGUAACCUUGAAUAUUCAAGACCCUCUUUUAAGCUGGCCAUUACCAGCACCUGUUUGUGCUGGAAUCAAAUGACUGUAUUUGACUUUACAAACACAGCUCAUAGAAAAGAUUAAAUAUUUUUAUUGCAAUGUAUGGUCAUAUUUUUUUUAGCCUUUAUGGGGUUAAUAUUGUGAUAAGUGCUUUAAGAGAAAUAUUUUUCCAGAAAUGGUUUUCUAGCUAAAAUUAUGGGCAGCUUUUGCAUUGUGAUGUGUGGGUUGAUGGUUAUAUUUGGGUUACUAGGAAAUCCUGACGUGUUCCCUAAGGAGAAAGCUGUUCGAUUCCAUGGCAAAGAGAACAACAUUAAAUUCUAGUUCAAUUAUUUCUCCACAGUAUGAAUGAACACGCAUGCCAUUAGCUUGGUUUACAGGUGUAUCGUUGGUGGGAAGAAAACACUCAUGUUCAGUGCUGAAUUUCCCCUAGGCGUAUAAGCAUUUUCCUAAGUUAAAGCCUUGCCCCUAACUCUUGGAAUACGUUUACUGUUGAUUUUUCCCUAUUGCCAUCCUACUGUUGUAUCUCAUUAAUUUUGUAAUUAAUUUUUAUUUUAGAAAAUGCUGUUAAGAUUCCAAAAAAUAAUUGAUUUAGUUCUUCACAUAUGAGGGAAAGCACUUCACAUUAAAUGGAAAGAGAUUCUUAUAGCCAUGAUGGUUUUAAUACAUGAUUGAUACUGAGUCCUCUGCACAGAAUGGAACACUUCCUAGCAGUACUUGAAUACUUGUAAGUUGGAAUUGCAUGUUACUUGAAAGAUCUAAUUAAGCUAAAUUUUGGUGCACAGCAGUUGUAUAUGAUUUCAUGUUUAUGUAGUAAAAUACAUUGAAAUGUACUACUAGUAUUGAAACAAAUGUAAAAAUAGU